AUGAUUGAUGAUGAUGAUGAUGAUGAUGAUGAUGAUGAUGAUGAUGAUGAUGAUGAUGAUGAUGAUGAUGAUGAUGAUGAUGAUGAUGAUGAUGAUGAUGAUGAUGAUGAUGAUGAUGAUGAUGAUGAUGAUGAUGAUGAUGAUGAUGAUGAUGAUGAUGAUGAUGAUGAUGAUGAUGAUGAUGAUGAUGAUGAUGAUGAUGAUGAUGAUGAUGAUGAUGAUGAUGAUGAUGAUGAUGAUGAUGAUGAUGAUGAUGAUGAUGAUGAUGAUGAUGAUGAUGAUGAUGAUGAUGAUGAUGAUGAUGAUGAUGAUGAUGAUGAUGAUGAUGAUGAUGAUGAUGAUGAUGAUGAUGAUGAUGAUGAUGAUGAUGAUGAUGAUGAUGAUGAUGAUGAUGAUGAUGAUGAUGAUGAUGAUGAUGAUGAUGAUGAUGAUGAUGAUGAUGAUGAUGAUGAUGAUGAUGAUGAUGAUGAUGAUGAUGAUGAUGAUGAUGAUGAUGAUGAUGAUGAUGAUGAUGAUGAUGAUGAUGAUGAUGAUGAUGAUGAUGAUGAUGAUGAUGAUGAUGAUGAUGAUGAUGAUGAUGAUGAUGAUGAUGAUGAUGAUGAUGAUGAUGAUGAUGAUGAUGAUGAUGAUGAUGAUGAUGAUGAUGAUGAUGAUGAUGAUGAUGAUGAUGAUGAUGAUGAUGAUGAUGAUGAUGAUGAUGAUGAUGAUGAUGAUGAUGAUGAUGAUGAUGAUGAUGAUGAUGAUGAUGAUGAUGAUGAUGAUGAUGAUGAUGAUGAUGAUGAUGAUGAUGAUGAUGAUGAUGAUGAUGAUGAUGAUGAUGAUGAUGAUGAUGAUGAUGAUGAUGAUGAUGAUGAUGAUGAUGAUGAUGAUGAUGAUGAUGAUGAUGAUGAUGAUGAUGAUGAUGAUGAUGAUGAUGAUGAUGAUGAUGAUGAUGAUGAUGAUGAUGAUGAUGAUGAUGAUGAUGAUGAUGAUGAUGAUGAUGAUGAUGAUGAUGAUGAUGAUGAUGAUGAUGAUGAUGAUGAUGAUGAUGAUGAUGAUGAUGAUGAUGAUGAUGAUGAUGAUGAUGAUGAUGAUGAUGAUGAUGAUGAUGAUGAUGAUGAUGAUGAUGAUGAUGAUGAUGAUGAUGAUGAUGAUGAUGAUGAUGAUGAUGAUGAUGAUGAUGAUGAUGAUGAUGAUGAUGAUGAUGAUGAUGAUGAUGAUGAUGAUGAUGAUGAUGAUGAUGAUGAUGAUGAUGAUGAUGAUGAUGAUGAUGAUGAUGAUGAUGAUGAUGAUGAUGAUGAUGAUGAUGAUGAUGAUGAUGAUGAUGAUGAUGAUGAUGAUGAUGAUGAUGAUGAUGAUGAUGAUGAUGAUGAUGAUGAUGAUGAUGAUGAUGAUGAUGAUGAUGAUGAUGAUGAUGAUGAUGAUGAUGAUGAUGAUGAUGAUGAUGAUGAUGAUGAUGAUGAUGAUGAUGAUGAUGAUGAUGAUGAUGAUGAUGAUGAUGAUGAUGAUGAUGAUGAUGAUGAUGAUGAUGAUGAUGAUGAUGAUGAUGAUGAUGAUGAUGAUGAUGAUGAUGAUGAUGAUGAUGAUGAUGAUGAUGAUGAUGAUGAUGAUGAUGAUGAUGAUGAUGAUGAUGAUGAUGAUGAUGAUGAUGAUGAUGAUGAUGAUGAUGAUGAUGAUGAUGAUGAUGAUGAUGAUGAUGAUGAUGAUGAUGAUGAUGAUGAUGAUGAUGAUGAUGAUGAUGAUGAUGAUGAUGAUGAUGAUGAUGAUGAUGAUGAUGAUGAUGAUGAUGAUGAUGAUGAUGAUGAUGAUGAUGAUGAUGAUGAUGAUGAUGAUGAUGAUGAUGAUGAUGAUGAUGAUGAUGAUGAUGAUGAUGAUGAUGAUGAUGAUGAUGAUGAUGAUGAUGAUGAUGAUGAUGAUGAUGAUGAUGAUGAUGAUGAUGAUGAUGAUGAUGAUGAUGAUGAUGAUGAUGAUGAUGAUGAUGAUGAUGAUGAUGAUGAUGAUGAUGAUGAUGAUGAUGAUGAUGAUGAUGAUGAUGAUGAUGAUGAUGAUGAUGAUGAUGAUGAUGAUGAUGAUGAUGAUGAUGAUGAUGAUGAUGAUGAUGAUGAUGAUGAUGAUGAUGAUGAUGAUGAUGAUGAUGAUGAUGAUGAUGAUGAUGAUGAUGAUGAUGAUGAUGAUGAUGAUGAUGAUGAUGAUGAUGAUGAUGAUGAUGAUGAUGAUGAUGAUGAUGAUGAUGAUGAUGAUGAUGAUGAUGAUGAUGAUGAUGAUGAUGAUGAUGAUGAUGAUGAUGAUGAUGAUGAUGAUGAUGAUGAUGAUGAUGAUGAUGAUGAUGAUGAUGAUGAUGAUGAUGAUGAUGAUGAUGAUGAUGAUGAUGAUGAUGAUGAUGAUGAUGAUGAUGAUGAUGAUGAUGAUGAUGAUGAUGAUGAUGAUGAUGAUGAUGAUGAUGAUGAUGAUGAUGAUGAUGAUGAUGAUGAUGAUGAUGAUGAUGAUGAUGAUGAUGAUGAUGAUGAUGAUGAUGAUGAUGAUGAUGAUGAUGAUGAUGAUGAUGAUGAUGAUGAUGAUGAUGAUGAUGAUGAUGAUGAUGAUGAUGAUGAUGAUGAUGAUGAUGAUGAUGAUGAUGAUGAUGAUGAUGAUGAUGAUGAUGAUGAUGAUGAUGAUGAUGAUGAUGAUGAUGAUGAUGAUGAUGAUGAUGAUGAUGAUGAUGAUGAUGAUGAUGAUGAUGAUGAUGAUGAUGAUGAUGAUGAUGAUGAUGAUGAUGAUGAUGAUGAUGAUGAUGAUGAUGAUGAUGAUGAUGAUGAUGAUGAUGAUGAUGAUGAUGAUGAUGAUGAUGAUGAUGAUGAUGAUGAUGAUGAUGAUGAUGAUGAUGAUGAUGAUGAUGAUGAUGAUGAUGAUGAUGAUGAUGAUGAUGAUGAUGAUGAUGAUGAUGAUGAUGAUGAUGAUGAUGAUGAUGAUGAUGAUGAUGAUGAUGAUGAUGAUGAUGAUGAUGAUGAUGAUGAUGAUGAUGAUGAUGAUGAUGAUGAUGAUGAUGAUGAUGAUGAUGAUGAUGAUGAUGAUGAUGAUGAUGAUGAUGAUGAUGAUGAUGAUGAUGAUGAUGAUGAUGAUGAUGAUGAUGAUGAUGAUGAUGAUGAUGAUGAUGAUGAUGAUGAUGAUGAUGAUGAUGAUGAUGAUGAUGAUGAUGAUGAUGAUGAUGAUGAUGAUGAUGAUGAUGAUGAUGAUGAUGAUGAUGAUGAUGAUGAUGAUGAUGAUGAUGAUGAUGAUGAUGAUGAUGAUGAUGAUGAUGAUGAUGAUGAUGAUGAUGAUGAUGAUGAUGAUGAUGAUGAUGAUGAUGAUGAUGAUGAUGAUGAUGAUGAUGAUGAUGAUGAUGAUGAUGAUGAUGAUGAUGAUGAUGAUGAUGAUGAUGAUGAUGAUGAUGAUGAUGAUGAUGAUGAUGAUGAUGAUGAUGAUGAUGAUGAUGAUGAUGAUGAUGAUGAUGAUGAUGAUGAUGAUGAUGAUGAUGAUGAUGAUGAUGAUGAUGAUGAUGAUGAUGAUGAUGAUGAUGAUGAUGAUGAUGAUGAUGAUGAUGAUGAUGAUGAUGAUGAUGAUGAUGAUGAUGAUGAUGAUGAUGAUGAUGAUGAUGAUGAUGAUGAUGAUGAUGAUGAUGAUGAUGAUGAUGAUGAUGAUGAUGAUGAUGAUGAUGAUGAUGAUGAUGAUGAUGAUGAUGAUGAUGAUGAUGAUGAUGAUGAUGAUGAUGAUGAUGAUGAUGAUGAUGAUGAUGAUGAUGAUGAUGAUGAUGAUGAUGAUGAUGAUGAUGAUGAUGAUGAUGAUGAUGAUGAUGAUGAUGAUGAUGAUGAUGAUGAUGAUGAUGAUGAUGAUGAUGAUGAUGAUGAUGAUGAUGAUGAUGAUGAUGAUGAUGAUGAUGAUGAUGAUGAUGAUGAUGAUGAUGAUGAUGAUGAUGAUGAUGAUGAUGAUGAUGAUGAUGAUGAUGAUGAUGAUGAUGAUGAUGAUGAUGAUGAUGAUGAUGAUGAUGAUGAUGAUGAUGAUGAUGAUGAUGAUGAUGAUGAUGAUGAUGAUGAUGAUGAUGAUGAUGAUGAUGAUGAUGAUGAUGAUGAUGAUGAUGAUGAUGAUGAUGAUGAUGAUGAUGAUGAUGAUGAUGAUGAUGAUGAUGAUGAUGAUGAUGAUGAUGAUGAUGAUGAUGAUGAUGAUGAUGAUGAUGAUGAUGAUGAUGAUGAUGAUGAUGAUGAUGAUGAUGAUGAUGAUGAUGAUGAUGAUGAUGAUGAUGAUGAUGAUGAUGAUGAUGAUGAUGAUGAUGAUGAUGAUGAUGAUGAUGAUGAUGAUGAUGAUGAUGAUGAUGAUGAUGAUGAUGAUGAUGAUGAUGAUGAUGAUGAUGAUGAUGAUGAUGAUGAUGAUGAUGAUGAUGAUGAUGAUGAUGAUGAUGAUGAUGAUGAUGAUGAUGAUGAUGAUGAUGAUGAUGAUGAUGAUGAUGAUGAUGAUGAUGAUGAUGAUGAUGAUGAUGAUGAUGAUGAUGAUGAUGAUGAUGAUGAUGAUGAUGAUGAUGAUGAUGAUGAUGAUGAUGAUGAUGAUGAUGAUGAUGAUGAUGAUGAUGAUGAUGAUGAUGAUGAUGAUGAUGAUGAUGAUGAUGAUGAUGAUGAUGAUGAUGAUGAUGAUGAUGAUGAUGAUGAUGAUGAUGAUGAUGAUGAUGAUGAUGAUGAUGAUGAUGAUGAUGAUGAUGAUGAUGAUGAUGAUGAUGAUGAUGAUGAUGAUGAUGAUGAUGAUGAUGAUGAUGAUGAUGAUGAUGAUGAUGAUGAUGAUGAUGAUGAUGAUGAUGAUGAUGAUGAUGAUGAUGAUGAUGAUGAUGAUGAUGAUGAUGAUGAUGAUGAUGAUGAUGAUGAUGAUGAUGAUGAUGAUGAUGAUGAUGAUGAUGAUGAUGAUGAUGAUGAUGAUGAUGAUGAUGAUGAUGAUGAUGAUGAUGAUGAUGAUGAUGAUGAUGAUGAUGAUGAUGAUGAUGAUGAUGAUGAUGAUGAUGAUGAUGAUGAUGAUGAUGAUGAUGAUGAUGAUGAUGAUGAUGAUGAUGAUGAUGAUGAUGAUGAUGAUGAUGAUGAUGAUGAUGAUGAUGAUGAUGAUGAUGAUGAUGAUGAUGAUGAUGAUGAUGAUGAUGAUGAUGAUGAUGAUGAUGAUGAUGAUGAUGAUGAUGAUGAUGAUGAUGAUGAUGAUGAUGAUGAUGAUGAUGAUGAUGAUGAUGAUGAUGAUGAUGAUGAUGAUGAUGAUGAUGAUGAUGAUGAUGAUGAUGAUGAUGAUGAUGAUGAUGAUGAUGAUGAUGAUGAUGAUGAUGAUGAUGAUGAUGAUGAUGAUGAUGAUGAUGAUGAUGAUGAUGAUGAUGAUGAUGAUGAUGAUGAUGAUGAUGAUGAUGAUGAUGAUGAUGAUGAUGAUGAUGAUGAUGAUGAUGAUGAUGAUGAUGAUGAUGAUGAUGAUGAUGAUGAUGAUGAUGAUGAUGAUGAUGAUGAUGAUGAUGAUGAUGAUGAUGAUGAUGAUGAUGAUGAUGAUGAUGAUGAUGAUGAUGAUGAUGAUGAUGAUGAUGAUGAUGAUGAUGAUGAUGAUGAUGAUGAUGAUGAUGAUGAUGAUGAUGAUGAUGAUGAUGAUGAUGAUGAUGAUGAUGAUGAUGAUGAUGAUGAUGAUGAUGAUGAUGAUGAUGAUGAUGAUGAUGAUGAUGAUGAUGAUGAUGAUGAUGAUGAUGAUGAUGAUGAUGAUGAUGAUGAUGAUGAUGAUGAUGAUGAUGAUGAUGAUGAUGAUGAUGAUGAUGAUGAUGAUGAUGAUGAUGAUGAUGAUGAUGAUGAUGAUGAUGAUGAUGAUGAUGAUGAUGAUGAUGAUGAUGAUGAUGAUGAUGAUGAUGAUGAUGAUGAUGAUGAUGAUGAUGAUGAUGAUGAUGAUGAUGAUGAUGAUGAUGAUGAUGAUGAUGAUGAUGAUGAUGAUGAUGAUGAUGAUGAUGAUGAUGAUGAUGAUGAUGAUGAUGAUGAUGAUGAUGAUGAUGAUGAUGAUGAUGAUGAUGAUGAUGAUGAUGAUGAUGAUGAUGAUGAUGAUGAUGAUGAUGAUGAUGAUGAUGAUGAUGAUGAUGAUGAUGAUGAUGAUGAUGAUGAUGAUGAUGAUGAUGAUGAUGAUGAUGAUGAUGAUGAUGAUGAUGAUGAUGAUGAUGAUGAUGAUGAUGAUGAUGAUGAUGAUGAUGAUGAUGAUGAUGAUGAUGAUGAUGAUGAUGAUGAUGAUGAUGAUGAUGAUGAUGAUGAUGAUGAUGAUGAUGAUGAUGAUGAUGAUGAUGAUGAUGAUGAUGAUGAUGAUGAUGAUGAUGAUGAUGAUGAUGAUGAUGAUGAUGAUGAUGAUGAUGAUGAUGAUGAUGAUGAUGAUGAUGAUGAUGAUGAUGAUGAUGAUGAUGAUGAUGAUGAUGAUGAUGAUGAUGAUGAUGAUGAUGAUGAUGAUGAUGAUGAUGAUGAUGAUGAUGAUGAUGAUGAUGAUGAUGAUGAUGAUGAUGAUGAUGAUGAUGAUGAUGAUGAUGAUGAUGAUGAUGAUGAUGAUGAUGAUGAUGAUGAUGAUGAUGAUGAUGAUGAUGAUGAUGAUGAUGAUGAUGAUGAUGAUGAUGAUGAUGAUGAUGAUGAUGAUGAUGAUGAUGAUGAUGAUGAUGAUGAUGAUGAUGAUGAUGAUGAUGAUGAUGAUGAUGAUGAUGAUGAUGAUGAUGAUGAUGAUGAUGAUGAUGAUGAUGAUGAUGAUGAUGAUGAUGAUGAUGAUGAUGAUGAUGAUGAUGAUGAUGAUGAUGAUGAUGAUGAUGAUGAUGAUGAUGAUGAUGAUGAUGAUGAUGAUGAUGAUGAUGAUGAUGAUGAUGAUGAUGAUGAUGAUGAUGAUGAUGAUGAUGAUGAUGAUGAUGAUGAUGAUGAUGAUGAUGAUGAUGAUGAUGAUGAUGAUGAUGAUGAUGAUGAUGAUGAUGAUGAUGAUGAUGAUGAUGAUGAUGAUGAUGAUGAUGAUGAUGAUGAUGAUGAUGAUGAUGAUGAUGAUGAUGAUGAUGAUGAUGAUGAUGAUGAUGAUGAUGAUGAUGAUGAUGAUGAUGAUGAUGAUGAUGAUGAUGAUGAUGAUGAUGAUGAUGAUGAUGAUGAUGAUGAUGAUGAUGAUGAUGAUGAUGAUGAUGAUGAUGAUGAUGAUGAUGAUGAUGAUGAUGAUGAUGAUGAUGAUGAUGAUGAUGAUGAUGAUGAUGAUGAUGAUGAUGAUGAUGAUGAUGAUGAUGAUGAUGAUGAUGAUGAUGAUGAUGAUGAUGAUGAUGAUGAUGAUGAUGAUGAUGAUGAUGAUGAUGAUGAUGAUGAUGAUGAUGAUGAUGAUGAUGAUGAUGAUGAUGAUGAUGAUGAUGAUGAUGAUGAUGAUGAUGAUGAUGAUGAUGAUGAUGAUGAUGAUGAUGAUGAUGAUGAUGAUGAUGAUGAUGAUGAUGAUGAUGAUGAUGAUGAUGAUGAUGAUGAUGAUGAUGAUGAUGAUGAUGAUGAUGAUGAUGAUGAUGAUGAUGAUGAUGAUGAUGAUGAUGAUGAUGAUGAUGAUGAUGAUGAUGAUGAUGAUGAUGAUGAUGAUGAUGAUGAUGAUGAUGAUGAUGAUGAUGAUGAUGAUGAUGAUGAUGAUGAUGAUGAUGAUGAUGAUGAUGAUGAUGAUGAUGAUGAUGAUGAUGAUGAUGAUGAUGAUGAUGAUGAUGAUGAUGAUGAUGAUGAUGAUGAUGAUGAUGAUGAUGAUGAUGAUGAUGAUGAUGAUGAUGAUGAUGAUGAUGAUGAUGAUGAUGAUGAUGAUGAUGAUGAUGAUGAUGAUGAUGAUGAUGAUGAUGAUGAUGAUGAUGAUGAUGAUGAUGAUGAUGAUGAUGAUGAUGAUGAUGAUGAUGAUGAUGAUGAUGAUGAUGAUGAUGAUGAUGAUGAUGAUGAUGAUGAUGAUGAUGAUGAUGAUGAUGAUGAUGAUGAUGAUGAUGAUGAUGAUGAUGAUGAUGAUGAUGAUGAUGAUGAUGAUGAUGAUGAUGAUGAUGAUGAUGAUGAUGAUGAUGAUGAUGAUGAUGAUGAUGAUGAUGAUGAUGAUGAUGAUGAUGAUGAUGAUGAUGAUGAUGAUGAUGAUGAUGAUGAUGAUGAUGAUGAUGAUGAUGAUGAUGAUGAUGAUGAUGAUGAUGAUGAUGAUGAUGAUGAUGAUGAUGAUGAUGAUGAUGAUGAUGAUGAUGAUGAUGAUGAUGAUGAUGAUGAUGAUGAUGAUGAUGAUGAUGAUGAUGAUGAUGAUGAUGAUGAUGAUGAUGAUGAUGAUGAUGAUGAUGAUGAUGAUGAUGAUGAUGAUGAUGAUGAUGAUGAUGAUGAUGAUGAUGAUGAUGAUGAUGAUGAUGAUGAUGAUGAUGAUGAUGAUGAUGAUGAUGAUGAUGAUGAUGAUGAUGAUGAUGAUGAUGAUGAUGAUGAUGAUGAUGAUGAUGAUGAUGAUGAUGAUGAUGAUGAUGAUGAUGAUGAUGAUGAUGAUGAUGAUGAUGAUGAUGAUGAUGAUGAUGAUGAUGAUGAUGAUGAUGAUGAUGAUGAUGAUGAUGAUGAUGAUGAUGAUGAUGAUGAUGAUGAUGAUGAUGAUGAUGAUGAUGAUGAUGAUGAUGACGAUGAUGAUGAUGAUGAUGAUGAUGAUGAUGAUGAUGAUGAUGAUGAUGAUGAUGAUGAUGAUGAUGAUGAUGAUGAUGAUGAUGAUGAUGAUGAUGAUGAUGAUGAUGAUGAUGAUGAUGAUGAUGAUGAUGAUGAUGAUGAUGAUGAGAUGAUGAUGAUGAUGAUGAUGAUGAUGAUGAUGAUGAUGAUGAUGAUGAUGAUGAUGAUGAUGAUGAUGAUGAUGAUGAUGAUGAUGAUGAUGAUGAUGAUGAUGAUGAUGAUGAUGAUGAUGAUGAUGAUGAUGAUGAUGAUGAUGAUGAUGAUGAUGAUGAUGAUGAUGAUGAUGAUGAUGAUGAUGAUGAUGAUGAUGAUGAUGAUGAUGAUGAUGAUGAUGAUGAUGAUGAUGAUGAUGAUGAUGAUGAUGAUGAUGAUGAUGAUGAUGAUGAUGAUGAUGAUGAUGAUGAUGAUGAUGAUGAUGAUGAUGAUGAUGAUGAUGAUGAUGAUGAUGAUGAUGAUGAUGAUGAUGAUGAUGAUGAUGAUGAUGAUGAUGAUGAUGAUGAUGAUGAUGAUGAUGAUGAUGAUGAUGAUGAUGAUGAUGAUGAUGAUGAUGAUGAUGAUGAUGAUGAUGAUGAUGAUGAUGAUGAUGAUGAUGAUGAUGAUGAUGAUGAUGAUGAUGAUGAUGAUGAUGAUGAUGAUGAUGAUGAUGAUGAUGAUGAUGAUGAUGAUGAUGAUGAUGAUGAUGAUGAUGAUGAUGAUGAUGAUGAUGAUGAUGAUGAUGAUGAUGAUGAGAUGA